AUGAAGGCACAAGGGUUAGCAUAUCGACAGGCAUUGGCUGCUUUGAGGAAUGAAUACACGAUGGGAGACGAUCCCACAAAUUUCGCUGCCCUGAUUGCGGCAGAAGUUGCACAGAUUCAAUCGGACAGGGUUGCUCCACAGGAAACGGACGAGUACAAAAAUCUUGUUCGCGACAUGGAACGGCGUCUGACGGGUGGAGAGUUAUUGGAAGAUGAAGACAUUGUGUUGGACGAGACGCAACAUGGCAUGGACGGCCUGGCUAACACUGUGUGUCCCAUAUCCGGCAAAAACGUUCUCGACCUUCACGAUCCUGUGCAGGACGAACGUGGCUUCAUUUAUGAGCGAGAAGUCAUCGAGGCGUACAUCAAGGAAGCGUCGAGAAAUCGUUCAACAGUAACGUGCCCAGUUGCAGGUACCAGUCAUAAGAUAACCGUGGCGAGCCUGAGACCUGCAGCCGGGGUCAUCAGCAAACAGCGCCAGGCAAAAGCCAACAGACGGCAGUCGAUGGACGAGGACAUCCUUUGA